AUGGCUAAUACGAGACUUACAAUUGACGCCGCCGCCGCGGGUGGCGCGCUGAUGGAUAAAGAAUAUGCCGAUGCUUACGCACUUAUUAAGAGUAUGGCUCAAAACCAUUAUCAAUGGGGAAGCGAGAGAGCUCAGUCAGAGAAAACUUUUGGAGAGAAAUCUUCAACGAAGAGUGGUAUGUACGAGAUAAGUAGCCUCGACCGUGUUAACGCCAAAGUUGACGCCCUAACUCCGAAGAUCGAAAACCUCAUUGUAGCACCUGUAGCUGCAGUGGCUGCUGUUUCCCCAAAUUGUGAAAUAUGCGGGAUGUCUGGACAUGCUGCCCCCGAGUGCCAUCUUUUGACAAGAGUUUCCCCCGAACCAGUAAACUAUGCUCAAGGAAACCCUUACUCAAACACAUAUAACCCAGGAUGGAAGAAUCACCCUAACUUCUCGUAUAAGAACAAUAAUGCUUUGUACACACCUGGUCAAGCACCUAGUGUACCACCUGGAUAUCAAAAGGCACCCUUCACUGCUCCUAACGUCCCCAGGAAGUCUAACUUAAAAGUAAUUAUGGUAAAUUUCAUAGCCACUCAAACUCAGACUAAUAAGGAUUUCCUAAACCAAAACGUGCACACUAAUGAGCAAAUCAGACAAUUAGCGACUAAAGUAGACGCGUUGGCCACUCACAAUAAGAUGCUUGAGACACAAAUCUCCCAGGUGGCACAACAACAAGCACCUACUGCCGCACCUCCUGGGACAUUUCCUGGACAACCACAACCUAACCCAAAAGGACAUGCUCAUGCUAUUAUUCUGCGAAGUGGUAGAGAGAUGGACGAACCGACUGACCCUAGGUUUAAAAACCCUGCUAUGUUCCAAAGCCCUAGUAAGACAACUGAGGAGGAAAGUAGACCCAAGGAUAAACCAAGUGAUACGAAAGAGAAAGAGGACAAGGAAGGCGAGACGGAGGAAAAAGAAGCACCAUACAUACCUCUACCCCCUUAUAAACCACCUAUCCCGUACCCUCAAAGAUUCGAGAAAUCUAAAAGCAUAGGGCAGUUUGAGAAAUUUGUCGAACUUCUUAAGCAGUUGAACAUUACAAUUCCGUUUACAUAA